UCUCUUAUCUAGUUUACUCGAUUCUCUCUGCUAGAAAUGACCGUUUAUUCACUUCCACGCUUUAACAAAACAUUAUGGCAUGUCAAGCGAUAAAAACCCAUGUUUUCUGGGAAAUUUAAUGAUCGUCUCACGUUUUGCGUUACGUGUGAAGAACGUGCAACAACGAGAUGAGCCGUCUCGUCAGUGUUUUUUUCUUAAUUUUGAUCCUUUGUCGGUCCGACGGCGCGGACAACCACCAGGAACAGGACGGAUCCCAGCCUUCGAAGACUGAAAUCUGCCUCGGAUCGACUGAAGAAGAAAGCGUCUGCACAGAGCUGAAGGAAGGGACGAUGGACGGCAUCGUCUCUUCCUUCAAAAACAAACAGUUCCUGCCUAAGGACUCAAAUUCAGAAAAGGAUGUAAAUGUUUCGUCUUCAGCCACUUUACCGACCACCCUGGGUUUAGACAACGCAACCGAAACGAUGAAUUUUACUGUUGGAUCUUCGACAGAUGUACCCAGUACGACGCAGCAGUAUGAACAGAACCUUGAAACUGACAGCACGAAUUCAUCUGCUACCGAGUAACUUGGACGCUUAAGUCUAAUCAUGAGUGCGUUGUGAAAUCUUAUUAAAAAAAAACGUUUAACGUUAAAA